UGCAACAUGCAUUAUUUGCCCUACCACUUUUAAUUGACAUUCGUGACCUCUCUUCAAGCGAAACUUCUUUCAUUCAAGGACGAUGCAGAAUACAACACAAUAACACAAAUCCGGUAUGAAUCCAGUUGUGAACUUACUCUUACAUAACGAACAUCGAAAAUGGUUCUGUCCUUAAACCGAUGGGUUGGAAAAAUCGCUGUAGUGACAGGUGCCAGUUCUGGCAUAGGUGCAGCCAUCGCUGAGUUCCUUGUCGACAAAGGAAUAAUAGUUGUUGGGCUAGCCCGUCGCGCAGAACAGGUAGAGGAGAAGGCGAAACAACUUUGUGGCAAGUCAGGAAAACUGCAUGCUGUUAAAACUGACAUCACCAGCGAGGAAGACAUCGUAAAAGCGUUCAAAUGGAUUGACAAAAAUUUGGGUCAUGUUCACAUUUUGAUCAACAAUGCUGGUGUUUCCAAAGACAAUAAUUUGUUAAGAAAUGGAGACGCGGCAGCUUGGAGGCAAACUUUCGAUGUGAAUGUCAUGGGUUUGUGCAUUGCGACUCGGGAGGCUGUGAAGAUAAUGUCGGCUAAUAAUAUUAAUGGACACAUUAUUCAUAUCAAUAGUGUGGCCGGUCACAGAGUGCCGAAUUUUCCCGGAAUUAACGUUUAUACGGCUAGUAAAUACGCAGUGACUGCGUUAACCGAGACCCUGAGGCACGAAUUGAACGCCGUUGAUUCUAAAAUUAAAACUACUAGUAUUAGUCCUGGAUUAGUCACCAGCGAAAUGACAAUUUUGAAUCCUGGUUUAAGCGACGAACGUCAAGAUUUCAUGAAAACUUUGCCAAUAUUAAAGGCACAGGAUAUUGCGGAAGCUAUAGGAUACAUUUUAUCAACUCCUGAGCAUGUUCAGAUUAAUGAAUUAACCAUCACUCCGGUUGGAGAGAAAAUUUAAACUGACCUACCCCUUGACCACAUCAUAUGUUUGGAAGCACGAUAAUGUAUACUUCUACAAUAUUUUUAUUUUUAUAAAGCAAUUUCUAAUUAGUUACGCUUUUUUAUUGGCUGUAAAUAUAGAAAUAAACCGUCAAUAACUUUAAUAUUACUUUAACAGAAUUCGUGUAGGCAAGAUUUUUAAAAUGAGUUUGUUUUAGGUAAGCUGACGGAACUUAACUGUAUGUAAAAUUACCUUUAAUUAAAGAUAUGUGAUAUUUAAA